AGCACGGGAUAACGCCACAUUAUCCCAGAGCAGGUCAGCAGCACGGUGCUUCCGGGCUCCACCGCGGGUUUGCCAUGUCUGCUAAAGCAGCAAUGAGACGGAAUAAAACUUCAAUUCACAGGAUUCUGUCUGGAGACCACAAGUUUGUCCUGAACAAAGUUUAUGAAAACAAACUAAUAACUGAACGCGAGUACCAUAAUCUUAAAGGCAUCUUCAAAGAAAAUGUGGAAGGGCACGUUGUUGAGCUGGUGGACACGAUCAUGGAGAAAGGAGAAGACACAUGUGAACGCUUCCUCCGCCUUUUGGAGACAGACGAUGAAAUUAAAGACACUUUCCCAAAUUUAAAGACAGUUCAACUUAGCAGCAGGCGCCAGCCAACUGGUCUCAUACACGAGACAUGUUUAAUGGACAACAAAGAUGAUGAGGCUCCAAGAGCUAAGAAGACAAAAAUGGAUGAGUCCUAUCCAGUUACCAGCUAUCCCACAGGCCUUUGCUUGAUUUUGAACAACAUGAACUUUGAAGAUGGAUCAACGAGACGUGGUACAGACAAAGACGCUGAAAGUUUAGCAGAAGUCUUUAAUUGGCUUGGGUUCAGAGUGCUGAUGUGUGAAGACCAAACAAUGCUAGCAAUGUCUUCAACUCUAAAAUGUUUUUCUACUCUGGGUGACAUUUCUGAGCUACAGCAAUUCAGUUUGAAGGAGUGGACUACUGUGGGAUUUGUGAAUCUUCAGCAGACUCUGGAGCAUGGUGAUGUCUUCAUAUGUUGUAUUUUAACUCAUGGAAAUAAAGGGAUCGUUUAUGGGACAGACAAGCAGCCAUUAUCUAUUAAAGAUAUAACAAGGACUUUUAGAGCGACCGACAGCUCACCUCUCACUGCAAAGCCCAAGGUGUUUUUGAUUCAGGCUUGUCAGGGAGUGAGAAAUGUUCAGAGAGGGGUAAUAAAAAGAGAUCUAGAGACAGAUGGAGAGUCCUCAGUGUCUGUUCCUGAAGAAGCUGAUGUCCUGGUUGCUGUUGCAACUGUUGAAGAUUAUGUUUCAUUUAGGAAUACAGUAAAUGGAAGCUGGUUCAUUCAGUCAUUAUGUCAGCAGCUAAAGGAGGGCUGUUCAAGGGGUGAUGACAUUCAUUCCAUCCUCCAGCGGGUCAACAGUGAAGUAAGCCAGAAAGAGGGAAAUCUAGAUAAGCCAGGACAAAUUAAGCAAAUGCCAGAGGUUCAUUACACUUUGACAAAGAAAUUAAUUCUGUCAGGAUAUCACUGUUGAAAAAUAUUGUUUUAUUUGGUAGUAGCU